CUGUAAACACCGGCAGAGCAGAGCCCUGUGCCAGCGACGCACUCCAAUGCUGCUGAACCUCACCACAGAGAAGGGCCAACAGCAAACACCAUGCAGGCCUGCACGCAGGACCCUCAGACACUUAACACUCUGACUAGCCAUUCAUACUAAACACAGACUUGGCCUACAGUAACACUUAAACAGCUUGUAAAGUAAGUGGUUAUUACAGCCACUGUAUCUGACUGUGUGUUUAUGUACAUGUGUGUGUAUCAGCGCCACCUGGUGAGGGAAGAGUGAGGCACAGCCUCAACCUGCCCAUCAUCAACCCAGAGAGACCGCAGACAACCAAAGAAUCUCUAACUCCAGGGAGGGCAGGUAGCAUAGUGGUUAGAGCUUUGGGCCAGUAACCGAAUCCAUAACCGAAUCCCGAGCUGACAAGGGAGAGUUUGUUUUGCAUGGCCCGGGGUACAGACUCCGGCUACCUGGGGCAACGGUGUAAAACGAACUCGCCCAUUCUGACUGGGAGUGUGGCUGCCAUUUUCGGACCAUUCUGGAACUUUGAAGGUCGAUGCCUUGGCUGAUAGAGAUCAACGCCAGCCCCACCACGGGCACCUCUACAGCAGUGACAACAUGCCUGUGUGCUGCCGUGCAGGGGGACACUCCCUGGGUGGACCUGGACCUCUGGCUGGACCGAGGGGUACACACUGGGGGCUUUCAGCUGAUAUACAAACAGCCCAUCCUGCUGUCUCUACGGCGUGGCCAGGCGACGGUGACCUACGCCCAGAGCCCUCUAGGAGCUCCGGAGACCCGUCUCACUGCCCUGGACAAUGGCCUGAGGAUCGCAUCCGAGGAGACUGGACACGGCACAUGCACUGUUGGGUUGUGGAUCAGCUGUGGAAGUCGCUACGAGACUGAGAAGAACAAUGGAGCUGGGUUCUUCCUGGAGCAUAUGGCUUUCAAGGGGACAAAGAAGCACCCCCAGAUGGCCCUGGAGCAUCAGGUGGAGUCCAUGGGUGCUCACCUGAGUGCAUACACUUCCCGGGAGCACACUGCCUACUACAUGAAGACCCUGGCCAAGGACCUGCCCAAAGCGGUGGCGCUGUUAUCCGAGGUGCUGCAGAGCAAUGUCCUGAGCGAGGCUGACAUUGAGCAGCAGAGGAGUGUAGUACUGAAAGAGCUGGAGGAGGUGGAGGGCAGUCUGCAGGACGUGUGUCUGGACCUGCUGCACGCUACAGCUUUCCAGGGCACCCCCUUAGGACACAGUGUUCUGGGGCCAUCCCAAAACGCCAGGACUUUGAGUCGACAGGAUCUGGUAGAUUUCAUCAGCAGCCACUACAAGGCCCCCCGCAUGGUGCUGGCAGCUGCUGGAGGUGUGACUCACGAGGAGCUGGUUGGGUUGGCCAAGCAGCACUUCAGUGGCGUUUCCUUUGAGUACGAGGAUGAUGCUGUGCCUGUUCUGUCCCCCUGCCGCUUCUCUGGCAGCGAGAUCCGCAUGCGUGAUGACGAUAUGCCCCUGGCACACAUUGCCAUCGCUGUGGAGGGUGCCAGUGCCGCCAGCCCAGACAUUGUGCCUCUCAUGGUGGCCAACUCCAUCAUUGGCAGCUAUGACAUCACUUUCGGUGGUGGAAAGCACCUGAGCAGCCGCCUGGCUCGUCUAGCCUCAGAGGAGAGUCUGUGCCACAGCUUCCAGGCCUUCCACUCCUCUUACAGCGACACUGGUCUGCUGGGCAUCUACUUUGUCACCGACAAACACCACAUCGACGACAUGAUGCACUGGUCACAGAACGCAUGGAUGAACUUGUGCACCACAGUGACAGAGAGUGACAUUGCCAGAGCCAAGAAUGCCCUCAAGGCCAGCCUGGUGGGACAGCUCAACGGAACGACACCGAUAUGUGAUGACAUCGGCAGACAUGUCCUGAACUACGGCCGCCGUAUCCCUCUGGCCGAGUGGGAUGCCCGCAUCAACGCUGUGACGCCCAAGAUGGUGCGUGACAUCUGCUCCAAAUACAUCUAUGACAAGUGUCCCGCCGUGUCUGCUGUUGGCCCCAUUGAGCAGCUGCCUGACUACAACAGGAUGCGCAGUGCCAUGUACUGGCUCCGCUUCUAAGAUCCCCCAUAGUGUUGCUAUGCUCCUCCACUCCCAUACUCCUCCCAUCACUGCAAGAGUAAAGAACCGAGGACUGCCUCAGCUCAUUAGCACAGACUGGUAUGGACUCCAGGCCUUCUCUCCUCUCACUACGUCAGUUCUAAUUGGUUAUGAGGGAGAGAACCAUGGUGUUGAGGGUGUGCAUAAGUUGUGUUCCAUUUCCUUGUAUUUGUCGCUGAUCUUGGAAGAUUGUAAUACAGAAGAUUUAUUAUCACUGAGCCUUUUCAGGCACCUGGUACUGUUCUGGGGACACCUGAACACAUCCAGUGAUGCAUAUACUUUACAAUCAUAGCACUGUACAACCAGUUGUGGAGAAGUAUUUAUGAAUUGAGGCAAUGUUUUGUUUCUGUCCUAUUGUACAUAAACUCAUUCUGACAUUCAA